CGAGAAGCGAAGGAUGUGGACUGGCAGUCAAUCCUGGCCUAUCGUGCACAGGUGGGCUUGCGUAAUCGCAGUCGAACUCGAUUCCUAGCUGCCGCGACAGCCAGCAUCGCCUCACGCAACCUCUCAAAGGAUACUACUCAUGCUCCACACUAUCGAUACUUUGGGACCAGUAGCACUACUUCUCAAAUAUCACCUACCAGCCUUCGAGUUGGUUCGCAUGAACUCAAUGACCACACGGCGACGGAAACAUUCGAUGGAACUGAAUUCGCCUCAGAUGUGAGUACAUACCGUGAAGACUGCCAUGGGUCCACAGUCCAGAGCCCAGGCCUGUGGGUAACCCUGAUGGACAUUAUCAGCGUGGCGAGGCUGAUUGGGCACAUCCAGUACUUCCUCGGCAAAAUGUAA